UCGAAAAGCGUGGGAGCCAUUCACAGUCCGUGUGUGUGUGCGAGUGCGUUCGAGUGUGUGCUUGAACCAGAGUCAGUUAAUCUUUUGCCAGCUCAACAUUUAGACACCAACACCGCCAACACCAACAGAUGUUGGCAGUGCGGAAAAUCGACUGAGCGCAGCCACAGGCCAAAAAACCAAAAUUUGUUUUGCCUGACAAAAAAUCACAGGACUUCCACAUAACAAAAAAAUAAUGUUGCGCCUUCCGUUCGCGGCCCUUCUGGCUCUAAUAAGCCUUGGGAGCGUGGCGCCCACUGGCAGCAGCAGCAGCAGCAGCAACCACCUGCCAGCGGGUCUGGGCAUGGAUGUGGAGCUGGAGCCUGCCCAGGUCAAUCUCAACGAGCGCUUCUUCGACCAGGUGCGAGCCCUCAUCAAGCGGCGGCUGCAGGAGAAGGAGCUCUCGAAGCCUGCAUUGGAACAAUCGGAGCAACCGCUGCCACUGGUGGUGGACGAUGCCGUUGCCUUGCAAAAUCAACGCAGCUACGACAAUGUUCCCAUACCGGCUGCCAGUGUUCCAACUCCCGUGCUGGUGGAGAACUGGCCCACGGAGCAGCAUAGCUUUGGUCAGGUGACCGCCGUGGCAGUGGAUCCUCAGGGCAACCCCGUGGUGUUCCAUCGUGCCGAGCGCUAUUGGGAUGUUAACACCUUCAAUGAGAGCAAUAUCUACUACCUAAUCGAGUACGGACCCAUCAAGGAAAAGACCAUCUACGUGCUGGACGCGAAGACGGGUUCCAUCAAGUCCGGCUGGGGUUCAAGUAUGUUCUAUAUGCCACAUGGCAUGACCAUUGAUGGACAUGGAAAUUACUGGAUCACCGAUGUGGCCAUGCAUCAGGCUUUCAAAUUUAAACCCUUUAGCAACAAGCCGCUGCUCACCAUUGGCAAGCGUUUUAGGCCUGGCUCAUCCGUUAAGCAUUUGUGUAAGCCCACUUCCAUAGCAGUGGCCACCACGGGAGAGUUUUUCAUUGCCGAUGGUUAUUGCAAUAGUCGUAUAUUGAAGUUUAAUGCUGCUGGUAAACUAUUGAGAACCAUUCCCCAGCCACCCGAGUUCCUGUCCCUGCAAGUGCCACAUGCCAUCACCCUGCUGGAACACCUGGAUCUCCUGUGCAUUGCCGAUCGGGAAAACAUGCGUGUGGUGUGUCCCAAAGCUGGCUUGAUUUCCUCCCAUGGCGAGGGUGAACCCGCAGCCACCAUCCAGGAGCCCGAUCUAGGACGCGUCUUUGGCGUGGCCAGCUAUGGCGAUAUAGUGUUUGCCGUCAAUGGACCCACUUCGAUGCUGCCCGUGCGAGGCUUCACCAUUGAUCCCCGCUCGGAGGCCAUCAUUGGUCACUGGGGCGACUUCAAGAAUCCCCACUCCAUGGCGGUCAGCGUUAACGGUUCGGCACUGUAUGUGACCGAGAUUGGGACCAAUCAUCAAACGAAUCGCGUGUGGAAGUACGUGCUGGCCUGAGGCUAAGUCAGAGGAAAAUCCCCCCAUAUAACAAAGAAAAACCAGGCCCGACUCACACACACACUGCGCACCUGCAUAUCCCUAGACCUAGACCCCCACAAAAUAGCCACAGAAGACUAGAGCCCAACCAGAAAACAGUUUUAAAAUCAUUGUCAGAGAUCAAUAGAGAAUAGUAAGUGCUUAAGUUCAAGUGUACAAGUUAUAAGUAUGUAAAUUGCUUGAGAAACAAUACCACAACAAACAUAACCUCAGACUCUCUUUAUGUUUUGCACUGUAAUGAGCAAACGAAAACGAAAACCAAAAACGAAAACGAAAUUACAUGAGAAACGCAGCUUAAAGGUAAUAGUACAUAUACUUAAAAUGUAAUAGCUAUGCGUUUAGGCACUAACUAGGCAUGAAUGUGAGGAUGUGGGGCGGCGAUAACCGGGACACCCGAAGCGCGCAUAUAACGUACGUACAUUGUGUAUCAUAUUUGUAACCUAUGUAUAUCAAAAAUAUAUAUAUAUAUAAUCGACUAUCUGUAUCUUAUCGUCUUAUCUCGUAGCCCCCCAUGUAAAUUAUGUAUGUAAUAAACUGUUGUUGUUGUGA